AUCUACUACUAUUCAAUGCAACUACGCACGGGCCGGUGAGAGUGGCGCGACGAGAUCAGUAGAGUGGCAGCAGCGCAGCACGCUACGCCGGCAUCUUGCUGCGGUGCGCCGGUGCGUGCUGGGGGGUUGGCUGCUUGUGAAGUGCUGAUUGCUGCGUACCAGGACACCCUGUUGCUGUCGCGGGAUCGCCUUUUGCCUCCCCGUCCUUUGUGCCAACACAAACCGCGCGAUACAUAGCUCGCCCACGUUGCGCUCCCUUUUCACUCUCCCUCCCUUUCCGCUGGCGCUUCCUUGCUUCCUUCACUCCCCUCCCCCACCUUAGAAUUCCUUCCUCUGACCGUCUGACGCUGAGUCACUUGUGCACCUCUCUCGUCGCGCGCCAUGAUCUGAGUCGCUGAAGCCUGAGCCGGUGAUAGAGAUAUACGGAGAUGGCCGGCGGUGGCAGGUGCAGCUUCCUGCUCCGUGGCUUCGUGUCGCUGUUCUUCCUCCUGUUCCUCCACAUUGGCCAUGCCGGUUGCUGCUUCUCGACGGGAUCUUCCACGCAGACUCUGGAGGAGGAUGACGCAGCGCACGGUGCAGAUGGGAGGGGUGGCGGCGGCGGCAAGAGGAGGAAGAUAUCGCCGCUCGCGUUCUCCCCGUCGGUGGCGUCGUCUACAGUGGCUGACGAGAGGGCCAGAGUCAGGCGGAGGCAGGUGUCGUCUCUCGCCACCAGCUUCCGCUUCUACCUCCAUCGCAUCUUCUCCUACUCGUCCGGGGCCAAGAAUGGCUCUGUUCCAGCCGCGGAGGAGGAAGACGAGGCUGUGACGACGACGGUGUCCUCGCCGCUCGCACAGUCGUCUUCCCUGCCACAUCGCCAGGCGUCGGUGGUGCUGUCCACGCCGUCGUCGCCGUGCGCGUCGCCGUUCCUGUCCCCGCUCUCGCCGCAGUCCCUCAGCAUUACUCCCGUUGUGCCGUCGUCGCCGCACAACAGGCAGCUCCCUCAGGCGACCACCAGGCAGUCGUCCAGGUCGUUCGCCGCCCGCGGUGACGUGUUCCCGUGCAAAGUGUGCGGCGAGGUGCUGAGCAAGCCGCAGCAGCUGGAGCUCCACCAAGCGAUGAAACACUCCCUCUCCGAGCUCUCCCACGUCGACUCCAGCAUGAACAUCAUCCGCAUGAUCUUCCUCGCUGGGUGGAAGCCGGCCGCCGGCGAGCCCCCGUCCGUGCGCCGCAUCCUCAGGAUCCACCACAACCCCCGCGCGCUCGCCCGCUUCGAGGAGUACCGCGACCUCGUCCGCGCCCGCGCCGCCCGCCGAUGCGCGGGCGCCGCGGCGGCGGCUGUGGUGGAGGAGCGGUGCAUCGCGGACGGCAACGAGCGGCUGCGGUUCUACUGCUCCACCAUGCUCUGCACCCUGGGCGCGGGCGUGUGCGGGAGCCCCUACUGCUGCACCUGCAGCAUCCUGCGCCACGGGUUCGCCGGGAAGCAGGCCGACGUGGACGGCAUCGCCACCUACUCCUCCGGGCGGGCCGCGCACGCCUCCCUCCCCGAGGACGUGGAGCGCGAGUUCGCGUUCCUCCAGGUGCGCCGCGCCAUGCUGGUGUGCCGCGUCGUGGCCGGACGCGUCGGCCGUGGCGCCGCGGACGAAAAGGUGGCCUACGACUCCAUGGUGCCGCCCCUCCUUCCAACCUCCUCCUCCUCCUCCGCCGCCGCCGCCCGUGGCGACGACGACGUCGAGCUUCUAGUGUUCAACCCCCGCGCGGUGCUCCCUUGCUUCGUCAUCAUCUACAGUUGCUAGCGGCGGCAACGGCACGAGGCGGCCAGCCUGCAUGCCGUACCAGUGUAUAGCCUUUUUUCCCCUCCUCGUUAGGUACGUGGGCUGUGGUCACCGCGGCACGGCACGAACGGAGAGAUCUCGUUCUCCACUCAAUUAUAGCGGCAAAAUGCAUGGCUCGCUGCUCGUCGAUCUGUCCGGCCGGUUGGGCUCUGGGCCGUCUUUUGGCUGCAUCGAGCUACCAGCACGUUGCCUGCCUCUGGGCUCUGGCUUGAUCGGAUCGAGCACUCGACACAUCAUCCAACAGUGAUGGUCACGACGUUGAGUUGAGUCGAGUCGACUGGGUCUACCACACGUUGCGCCAUGGUCAUAAGUUAUGUAGGGUUGGUUAGGCAUGUUUUUAUGUACUCGUACCUUGCUACUACCGUUGUUGUUGGAUCCUGCGUCAACUGUCGACUGAUGAAUGGUUCAAUGGUACUGUCCGUACACGGUCUUUGUAGUUUGCUCUGUUCUCUCUUGGCAUGUGUAGUUCGAUCAAAAGCGGUUCGUUGGAUCCAGAGGUUUUUUUUAGUUUCUUGUCACAUCAAAUGUUUGAAUGUUAGAUAGAAGUAUUAAAUAUA